AAUAAAUGCACUCUCAAAUAAACGGUAAAUGAACGAUAAAUUCAACUAGAAGGCGCAUUACCUGAAGGUGUACACAGAGGGCGCUACACAUGAUCAAAUGGUUCUCUCCCACAUUAAGUCAAUCAUGACGUCAUAGAUUAAUUUAAACCCCCGCCGGACUCCACAAGAUAUGCUCCAAGGUAUAUAAAUGGACACACUUCUAUCGAACUCCACAAGAUCGUCUUAGUGUGUGUUUGUUGGUGUUAGCAGUUUUCUCGAGACAGAGUUGAUCUUAGCUUUGGUGGCACUUAAGCAGGUGGAUUUUGUUACUAAAAGCUGAAAGUGCAAAUGAUCAAGAUGAGGUAUCGAGUUUGUGUUGGUUUGAUCCUGAUGAUGAUCGUCAGUGCUGUGAGUUCGAAGCGAGCACCGGCAGUGCUAUCCAAUGGGUCAAUUCUCGACCUGGUUGCAGCGCCGUUACUCCCCGGUGAACUGAACGAAGGAGACGGUAGCACCAGCAUGACACCCAGGGAUGUUCAGAGAACAGUUGAUCGACAUAAUGAGUACAGGAAAUACAGGGAAGCCAGCAACAUGAAGCACAUGACUUGGGAUGCCUCCCUCGCCACGAUGGCACAGCAAUGGGCAGAGCGAUGUGAGUUUGCUCACGGGGUGGGUAACAAUAUCUCCCCGUAUACGUCGAUUGGACAGAAUCUCUGGCUGCGGACUGGCGAUCCUAACAAACCAGCAUCUGGAGUCAUUGCUACUGAUGACUGGCACGACGAGAUCAAAGAUUAUAACUACGAGAAUAAUUACUGCGGUAAUGUCUGUGGGCAUUAUACACAGGUUGUGUGGGCGGAGACAGAUAAAGUGGGGUGCGGCAUCGCAUUUUGUAAUUAUAUCUCUGGCAACCAAAAUGCUUGGAACAUCGUAUGUAACUAUGGCCCAGCGGGAAACUACUUUGGCGAGAAGCCCUAUAAGACUGGAGGUGUGUGUACAGACUGUCCCAAAGAAACACCAUUCUGCUACAAUGGACUCUGCCGUCUAUGUAACUUGGAGGAGGCGGGCUGUUCAUGCACUUUGACCUGUCAGAACUGUGGGGUGUUGAACAAAGACAAGUGUUACUGUGAGUGUCCGAACGGAUUUACAGGAGCCUCAUGCGCGGAAGAGUGUCGGGAUAACGAUCCUAAGUGUGGUGCAAACCCUGGCUACCCAGGUCCCUAUGCUUGCUCAUGGUUCCCAGAGGUACCAAAGGCUUGUCCACUCAUGUGCGGGUCGUGUAGCGCACGUGAUCCUGGUUUUACAUGUGAUCCCAACCAACCAUCUGGAGGGGUCGAUGUGGUGCAGACACCAGACCUGUUGUGUAAGACCGUGUUUGAUUCAGUAGCUAUGAUCAAUGGAGAGUUGAAUGUAAUAAAGGGUAAGAAGUAUUGGCGGUUUGACCAUCAAGGAAACCUCUUAUCAUCCCCGGCUGGUGAGCUACUCAAGAACUACCAUUCUUCAGUCAAGAAGGGCGUGAAAGCUUUGUAUCAGAUAACGAACGGAGCAGGAGAUCUCCCGGAUACCAUUACGAUGAUCAGAGGGAAGAAGAUGACUCGGUUUAGCAACAACCGUCGUCGUUUACCAGGGUGGCCCAUAAAUCUAUACACUGACAAAGGUAUAACAGUGCCUAUAGUCGCCGCGGUACACGACGGCAGGUCUGACGUAACCUACAUGAUAGCUGCUAAAACAUCUCAAGUGUACACGUAUGACGAAAUCAGCCAAUCACUCUCCAGGAACAACCCAGAAGAGAUUGACUCAAUCUUUAGUGGUGUACCGCAGAGAAUAACUGCUGCUUUCCGUCAGGGUGCAUAUUUCUACUUCGUACGAGGAAAGCUCGUCUACAAGGUAAACUCGAACACCAUGGCCGUUGAGGGCGCAGGACAGAACUUUGCAAAGACAUUCAUUGGAUGUUGAAGCAACACUCCAGUCAAGCACUGAUGGGAAGGUUUGAAGCUCUUCAAAGUAAAAAAAAAAAAAAAAAAAAGACAUAGACUGUAUUUUUAUAUAGGACUUUUAAAGUAAAGAUUUUGAUAUGGGUUUAGAGUUACUUUAAUUGCACGUACCUUUAGGUAAUAGUUACAAGUAAGCGGUUUGAUAACACUUGAAAGAAGUAUAAACACGGUGGAACCAUAAAUACAGUUUUUUAACAGUUUCCCUUUUUUAAUGCACAUUACAAAUUCCGAUUUAAAAAAUUUCACGAUUUUUUUAAAUGCACAUAAAAUAAAUGUGAAGACCUUUGGUUAUUGACAAAGACCAGUAUUCUCACUUGGUGUAU